AAAAAGUCGAUUUCGGAGCGUUUCUUCAAUUUUUUUGUGCAGAAUAUUCGAUGUAAGCAGUGAAACGUGCGGAUGAAAACUGGACGCAAAGUGAGCAUGACUCUCGGUGGAAGUGAUUCCGCGUGUUAAAAGCACUCCGCAAACCCGCCACGAGCAUUAACUGCACACUUUUCGGUCGACCCGUAACGGGGAGCUCGCGCUUGUGCCGUCUCAUUUGGUGCCCGGGAGCUGCAGCUUCCGUCGAAAGAAAUGUCUUCAGAGUUCGAUAAGUUCAACGAGUGUUUGAAGGCUUCCUUCUGGAAGAAUGUGAAAAACAAUCGCGCCGAGCGGAAGGCGAACGGCACGGCGAUCAAGGUGGAACCAAAGCCAGAACCGAAAAAUGAAUCCGAACCAGGGCCGAGGCAGACGGUGGUGGCGGUGCCGCAGCAGCAGCAGCCCCAGCCCCAACCACAGGCGCAGCUGCAGCAGCGGCCCACGCCCGUGCCCGUGCCCGUUGCCCCCGCUGUUGUUUACAACAGCAUUAAGUGUGAGCCGACGGUAAAUGCAUCACUCCAGGAGCUGCUGGAAAAAGAUCCGAAAUGUGAAGAGUAUGAUGACUACAUACCGCCGCGGGCGCCCAAAACGCCACCCAUCGAGGACUACGAUGACAUGAUGCCGCGGCCGCAGACGCCAAUGGAAAUUCCCAACAUGGAAGAUGUGGUGGACGUUUCCGACUCGCCGGAGCGCUCCAGCCGUCGGGCGAUCGAUAAGUCGCUCUCGAAAGAAAACAAAUCGGACGAGCUGCUGCAGGAAAAGCUGUGGCAGUACUUCGGUCAUCGUGAUUUUAAGAGUCAGCUGCAAAAAGAAGCCAUCGAAACCAUCAUCGCAAGAACGCGCGAUGUGUACGUCUCGAUGCCCACCGGAGCGGGAAAGUCGCUCUGCUUCCAGCUUCCGGGCGUGAUGCAGGAUAAUAAGGUAACGAUAGUAUUCUCCCCACUGCUAGCACUGAUCAAGGAUCAGCUGGACACAUUGGCUCGCAUUAAGAUACCGGCCGAUUCGAUCAACUCGAAAAUGGGCGUCCGAGACCGGGAGCGGGUCAUCAAUGACCUGAAGAGCGUCAAGACGGACAUACGCUUUCUGUAUAUCACGCCCGAGCAGGCCAAUACUGCCACGUUCAAGGACAUCAUGCAGCACCUGGUGAAGUUCCGGAAGGUGGCGUACGUGGUGGUGGACGAGGCGCACUGCGUCAGCGAGUGGGGGCACGAUUUCCGGCCCGACUACCUGAAGCUGGGCAAUCUGCGGGCGGAGUAUCCGUCCGUGCCGUGGAUUGCCCUGACGGCCACCGCCUCCAAGCAGGUGGUGGAGGACAUAUUCCGCAACCUGCGGCUGAAGGAACCGGUGGCCAAGUUCAAGACGCCCUGCUUCCGACACAAUCUCUACUACGACGUAGUGUUCAAAAACUCCAUCCAAGACGAUUUCCUGCAUUUGAAGGACUACAUCGAAGGCAUCCUCGGGAAACAGGACGAAGUGAAGCCGAGCAAACGAGCGUGUGGAAUUAUUUACUGCCGUACGCGCGAAAAUACGGAGCGUGUGGCGACCAACCUGACUAAGCUCGGGCUACGCACCGUGCCGUACCACGCCGGUCUGAAGCAGUCCGAGCGCGACCAGGUGCAGGAGGACUGGAUGGAGGGCAAGUACGUCGCGAUAGCGGCGACCAUCAGCUUCGGCAUGGGCGUCGACAAGGGCUCGGUGCGGUUCGUUAUCCACUGGGACAACCCGCAGAACGUGGCCGCCUACUACCAGGAGUCGGGCCGGGCCGGGCGCGACGGCAAGAAGUCGUUCUGCCGCAUUUACCACUGUCGCGAUGGGUGCAAGUCGAUCGAGUUUCUGCUGCGGCAGGACCUGCAGAAGAGCAAGGACACGCCGAAGGAGGAAAGUGCCAAGCAGGCUGUGAAAAACUUUGAGAAAAUGGUCGAGUUUUGUGAGAGUGCGCGCUGCCGGCACCGGCUCUUCACCGACUACUUUGGUGACGAUCCGCCCGACUGUCGCAACAUGUGCGACGUGUGCACCAACCCGAAGAAGGUGCAGAAGGCGAUCGACUACUUUCAGCAGCUGGCCUACACGGGCAAGCUGAAAACGAUGACGGCCUACGACGACGACCCGUCCGAUCUGUACGGCGGCGGCCGCAAGGGCUACGACAACGAUUACUACGACGGGUCGGGCAGCAGCUACAACAGCGAGGGGCGCGAAACGAAGCGCAAGCAGAGCGAGUCGGCCCUGCUGAUCCAGAAGCAGUUCAUGCUGCGGAAGGCGGCCGCCGCGAAGGACAUGAGCAUGCAGCGAACGGCCACGAUCGGGCGGGUAAAGUUUGCCAUGCAAACGCCAGUGAAAGUGAGCGGCCUAACGAUUGCGACGCGCGAAACGUACGUCACCUCGCUGGCCGACUUGAUGAAGAAAAAUGUGGAAACCUGCAAAGGCGUCGACGAGCCGGACUACAGUCUAGUGUACAAGGACUUUGAGGACAUUGCGGUCGAGAUGGAGUACGAGGCGUUCACGAAAAACACCGUCAAAAGUUUGUACCACCGAGCGAUUGUUAAGCAGGUGACGUCGCUAAAGUCGGCCGUAGCCGAUAAAGUGCUGCAUCCGCGGGUGAAGGAGUACUGUCCCAAGCAUCGGGCCAACCUGGGCGGCGACUACCGGACGAUCGAGGCCGAUCUGAAGCGUAAGUACGGCGACAGCGUGGUGGACGAGCUACGUUCGGACGGGCACGAGAAAAAGCACGACGGGCACCAUCAUCACCACCAUCAUCACCAUCGCCGGAGCGGCGAGCGCAACGGGGAUCGGAAGCGCAGCUCCAAGUUUUUGUCGAAAACGGGCAGCUCGCGUGACCGGGACGGGCUCAGCCAGCCGGCGAUCAGUUCCUACUUCGGUGCGAAGAACAGCACUGGCGGCGCGUCUUCUUCCACCGCACUGGGCGGUGGUGGGGGCGCCGGCAGCUCCUCCGGGCUCAUGACGAUCGACGACGGUGACAUGUGGGACGAUGAUCAGCUGAAGGAUGGAGGACGCGGUUCGGGCAGUGCGAAACUGGCCCCACCGGAACCGUCCACAUUGUCGCUGAUCCGUUCGCCCCAGUCACCGCCUACGUCACCGAUUUCGCCGCGUUCGCCCCGAUCGCCCCGGUCGCCGCGAUCUCCACAAUCUCCUCCGUCAUCGCGGAGAUCACCCCGUUCGCCCCGAUCGCCCCGCUCACCUACAUCACCCCGAUCUCCGUCCGUGGAGUACGUUUCGAAUGAUGCGUACGCGGAGACAAAAGCGCGCCGUGUCAGCGAGCACGGAGAGCGGCAGCACCGAUCGCACUCGCGAACGACCUCGAAGGAUCGUACGUAUCGCGAGCGGUCUCGAUCCGGCUCGGGAGGCGGCUACUCGAGCGAGCGAUCGAGGACGAAGCAGAAAGCGCAUAAGCGUUCGCGCGAAAGCAGUCGAUCGUACUCGCGGGAACGAUCCUACUCGUACCGAUCGGGAAGCUCUCGCUCGCGGGACUGGGAGGAGGACGAGGUGGCGAGGCGUCGCAAGCGCAAGUACGCGGAGGAGGAGGAGUACGAGCGCGAGUACGAGCGGGUGCCGUCCAAGUCCCGCGUGUACGAAGACGAGUACGAGACGAACAGCAAGCAGCAGCAGCAGCAGCAGCAGCAGCAACAGCACCAUCAUCCCUCGCGACGACCCCCAUCGCCGGAGGAAGAAUUCAGCUACGCUGCGCCGAAAAAGCGAAUAUCGCACUAUGCAGGCGAGAACAGUGGGUCCGCCGGUGCAGGGUACGGGGGUAAAAGCUCCGCCUACGGAACUGCCGGAGGUUCGUCUUCCUACAACAGCUACCUACCGGGCAAGGGGUCGGGCGGUGGUGGCGGUGGCGGUUCAUCGCAGAUGCUCAACAAUGAAGACAUGUGGGACGAUGAUCCGAAACCGUCGUCAUCGAACAGCCGACCAAAGGAGCAACCACCUUCCACGCCAGCAUCGCCACCGCCCCCGUCAUCGCCGCCACCGAUGUCACCCUCGCCGGAGCCGGAGUACAUGCACACGAAGUACGUACCGUCGUCGCCACCGCAUCGGCCACCUUCCCCCGCAUCACCACCGCCCCAGGCAACGAUACAUCACGACAAGCACUCGAUGCGCACGUACGACCACCGCUCACCGUACGACGCGUCGCUCGAUCCCCGCCUGGCCGGUACACCGAAGAGUCCGCCCUACGCCCAGCUGGCCGGUGGCGGCUCCUCCCUGUCCUCCGUGUCCGGCGUGAAACCCUCGACCUCGGCCCAGUUCACAACGGCCGCUCAGCUGCACCUCAAUUCCCUACAGAGCAAGGCAUCCUCCUUACCAGUGAGCACGAUUCAGUCGGGUGGAGGAGGAGGCGGCGGAGCGGCCGCCGGUGGCAUUGCGGGAGGAUUAAAGCAGUCCGGCUGCAUGAAUGCAGUUACCACGAACAACAGUGUGGCCGGCGGCCCGUCUGCCUGCGGCGGUGGCUCGUCCAACGCUCAACAGCUCCUGUCCGGCUCGUCCGGGCACACGCCGGGAGGGGCGCCCGAUUCCGCCGGCUCGACGCCGUCCGGCUCCCAGCUGGCCGAGAUGGAGAAGAAGAAGAAAAAUCUAGCCAGCUGCGUCAUACACUACCUGAUGCCGUACUAUCGCGAUCAGAAGAUCGAGACGAAGGAGCUGUUCAAGGGGCUGGCGCGGAAGAUUUCGCACAAAUUUUUCGAAGCCGAUGUUACUGCGGAGCGCAAGGUGAAGAAGUACAUCGACGACAUGAUGGCCCACAAAGGAAUCAUCUCAAGCGAGGCGGAUUUUCCCAAAUAGAAACGACGCAAGGCGCGAACGCGCGCAUACAAGUCCCGUUCGUAUAGGCGCCGUUCGCGCUGAUCCUCCGACGCGGUAAGCUCGGGCAGGUUGGACGAGCAGGAUCGUCGUCGUCGUUGUCUAUAUGGUGUAAUUUAACGAACGUGUACUGUACAUACUAGUGGAUAAGCAGGCUGUAACAACCCUCUCUGAACUACCUUGCAUGACCCCAAAAGUAGAAAGCGCGCGCGCCCAGUGGCCGGAGAGCGGAGAAAAGUGCAUAUUCCAAUUGUUAUAGCGUGUCAGGAUUUAGCAAACGGCCACACUCUCCAGCAGCGCGGUCGAGGCGCCUUUACUGAGCCGAAACUAGCAGCAAACCCCGCAGCAGGACCUUUCCCCCCGCCCCACAAUGCCAUUUGAUGAUGAUGAUGAUGAUCAUGUUCUUCGUUCGAACGAUGGCGGUGACCGUAUUGAAGAUUGAGGAGAAGGAUUUUUUUUUUAAAUUGUGUAUUUGUCCACCACUAUACUGCCGGGGGUGUGCGUGUGUGUGUGUGUGCGCGCGCGUCUCGGUGAAUGUGUGGUGGAUCGGAUCACCUCCGUUAACCGUUUUCUUUUUAUAUUAAAGAGCAUAAGCUAAAAGUGGCGCCCACCCUCUGAUUGCACACACACACUCACACACAGACACACAGAGACACAAAAAUUACUUAUAGCGUGCGCGCGUUCGCCCGACGAACCUGUAAGUUUGUGUGAAUAAAGAUACAAUUCAGAUGAUAA